AUGAGAGUCCAGAUCCCUACACCCGGCUACACCGCCUACAUGAAACUCCCGGCCGUUCCAGCCAACAUCCAAGCCGCCCUAGCCGGGGAUGAGAACCAGCGGCUGAAUCUCAUCUGGAUCGGACUAGUAGCGGUAGAGAUCCUGAUGGUUGUCAGCGUCGUGUUGCAUGCCGUUAUCAGGACAGUAUAUCCAAAGAAGAAACAGAGGUUGGGUUCGUGGUAG